AUGACUUUCUAUACCAGAUUGACACAGAGUGGCAUCCGGCAAUACAUUCAUCGCCAACAAUAUAACCCUCGACGGUGGCUCGCCACUAAUGGUCCCCAAACAGUGAUCUUCGAUCCUCCCUCUCAGACGCCAUUGACCAGCGCUUCCCAGGCCAAAUACUGGAAUAAUAUCCCGUUCUGGAAAGAUGUCUCGGAGAACGAGUUUAUCGACUACAAGUGGCAGAUGAAACACUCCCUCCAAAAUGCAACUUCUCUCCUCACCUUCCUCACCUCAGUUCUCCCUUCUAGUAUUCCCUCGCCCUCAACGAACGGAUAUGCCACCCGUGAGGAAUUCAUCGCGGAUGUUGCCGCAGGCAUGAAACGGGCACCUAUGGCAAUCAGACUCACGCCGCAUAUUCUCACCCUGGUCAACUGGGAGCAAGCUUAUUCGGAUCCUAUAAGACGGCAGUUCAUCCCACUUGCUUCGUCGUUUCAACCGGAUCACCCGCAGUUGCAGCUGGACUCGCUACAUGAGAGUCUGGAUUCACCUGUGAAGGGAUUGGUGCAUCGGUAUCCAGAUAAAGUGUUGUUCUUGGCCUCCUCCGUGUGCCCCGUAUACUGCCGCUUCUGCACACGCUCCUAUUCCGUCGGCACAAAGACCGAAACCGUCUCAAAGAAACGCUUCCUCCCACUACGCAAGUACUGGGAGCCCAUGUUCGAGUACAUCUCGCGUACUCCCGCUGUAACAGACGUCGUAGUCUCCGGAGGUGACUCGUAUUUCCUCGAGCCCGCACAACUACGCGAGGUAGGCGAAGAACUCCUGAGAAUCAACAACGUGCGCCGGAUCCGCUUCGCGAGUAAAGGGCUAUCCGUGUGCCCGUCACGGGUCUUGGAUACCACCGAUGACUGGACGCGGACGUUAAUCGAGAUCAGUAACCUGGGGAGAAGAAAGGGGAAGAGCGUGGCGUUGCAUACGCAUUUUAACCAUUCGCAGGAGAUCUCAUGGAUCACGGAGCAGGCGGCGCAGAGGCUGUUUGAGAAUGCGGUUACGGUGCGCAAUCAGACGGUUUUAUUGAAUGGGGUGAAUAAUGAUGUUGCGACAAUGAAGGGGUUGAUUCGGCGUUUGGCUGAUAUGAAUAUCCAACCGUACUACGUAUACCAAGGCGACAUGGUCCAGGGAGUCGAAGAUCUACGCACACCAUUACGCGACAUUCUGCAUAUCGAAUCGCAUGUCCGCGGCACAAUUGCGGGUUUCAUGACACCUUCAUUUGUGGUCGAUCUUCCGGGAGGCGGAGGGAAGCGUCUGGCGCAGACAUUCCAGAGCUAUGAUCAGAAGACUGGGGUGUCGAGAUUCAUAGCGCCGGGGGUGAAGGGGGAUACGGUUCAUGAGUAUUAUGAUCCGUUGUGGUCGUUGCCGUGA